AUGUCUCAAACCAACGAGCCUCAGAGCAUCAUUGGCAUGCUGUUGCAACCUCAGGUCCUUCCAUUCUUCCUCAUAGCCGUCAUAUACACUGCCAUCAAGCUCAUCGACAAGACAGACGUGCCCAAGAUCAAGAAUCUCCCAGAGGUUCCAGGAGUGCCCAUUCUUGGCAAUCUAGCACAAUUAGGCGACAACCAUGCCGUCAACGCUCAGAAGAUGGCCAAAAAGCAUGGUCCAGUGUUCCAAGUACGUCUGGGCAACCGUAGAAUCGUCUUUGCAAACACGUUCGACAGUGUCAGGAAUCUGUGGAUCACGAACCAGUCGGCAUUGAUCAGCAGACCGAAGCUGCACACCUUCCACACCGUGGUCAGCUCAAGUGAAGGGUUCACGAUCGGUACUAGUCCAUGGGACGAGAGCUGCAAGGCGAGGAGGAAGGCUGCCGCAACAGCGCUCAACCGUCCUGCUGUGCAGAGCUACAUGCCAAUCAUCGACUACGAGUCCUUGAAGUCCAUCAGGGAGAUGCUGCACAAUUCCGAGAACGGCAAGCACGAUAUUGAUCCUGUGGCCUAUUUCCAACGCUACGCUCUGUCAACCUCGUUGACACUCAACUACGGCCUCAAGAUCGAGGGCAACGUCGAUGACGAUAUGCUGCAGGAGAUCGUGCACGUCGAGCGAGAAAUCAGCAACUUUCGGAGUACCGCGACCAACUGGGCCGACUACAUUCCCAUGAUGCGUCUUUUACCAGGUGGCAGUGAUAAGCCUCUCGAAUACAAGAAGCGAAGAGCGACCUACAUGAACAAGCUCCUCGGAAUGCUCAAGGAAAGAAUCGCCAACGGCACAGACAAGCCAUGUAUCAGUGGGAACGUGCUCAAGGACCCCGAAGCCAAACUCAACGACGCUGAAGUCAUGUCCAUCGGUCUUACUAUGGUCUCCGCAGGUCUUGACACGGUUCCGGGGAACCUCAUCAUGACGGUCGCCUAUCUCUCCUCCGAACAUGGGCAAGCAAUUCAGAAGCGUGCUCUUGAUGAGAUCAAUGAACUCUAUCCAAACAACGACUCCUGGGAGCGAUGCUUGUACGAGGAAAAGUCCGAGUACAUCACAGCUCUUGUCAAGGAGACUCUUCGCUACUGGUCCGUCAUUCCAAUCUGCCUGCCGCGGACAAGCAUCAAGGACAUUAGAUGGGGCGAUGCGGUCAUCCCAGCCGGCACUUCCUUCUACAUGAACGCCUACGGCGCGCAUUACGAUGACACCCACUUCAAGAACCCGCAAGACUUCAACCCAGAUCGCUAUCUUACAGACAAGACCAUCGAUGAUGCCUCUGCGACCCGUGGCACACCACACUACGGCUAUGGCGCGGGAUCACGGAUGUGCAUUGGUUCUCACCUUGCGAAUCGGGAGCUGUACACUGCAUUCUUGAGGCUCAUCACAGCGUUUCAGGUCGUUCCGCCAAAGGACAGUGCGGAUGAGCCGGUUUUGGAUUGCAUGAGUUGCAACAAGCUACCCAAUGGGCUGACAAUGGAUCCGGAGCCAUUCAAGGUCGGACUGAGAGUGAGGAAUCGGGAGAUGCUGGAGAAGUGGAUCAAGGAGGCAGAGGACAGAACAAAGGAUCUGUAA